AUGAACGGAAUGAACGGUUCGAAUAUCGAUUGCAAUAAUUUUUGCGAGUCUGCAGAGGCAGUUAAUCGACUAUCCUUCUCAUCGGAUGGCGACCGUAUCAAAGCUCUGGCAGCUGCGUACAGAUUGGUUAACCGUCUGGAGACCCCAUGGGAUACUGUUGCGCGUCUCUGUAUGACCGAGGCAGGUUACCGCCCGGCUCUGGGCGCCUGUCUUAAGAUUGCUCGUGAUCUGCAAUUGUUCGAGAAAUGGCAUCGGCUGGGGGAGGGUGCCGUAUGCUCGGACGAAAAGCUGGCGGACCUGGUCGGAUGUGAUGUAUUUCUUCUUCAGCGAAUCCUUCGCCAUCUCGCCGCGACGAAUGUGCUUGAUAAUCCCGCCGAGGGUCAAUACAGGCAGACCGCAUUCAGCGAGGCGCUCCUCCAGCCUGUGUUUGGGGAGUGGAUCACUUACCUAUAUGACGCGACCAUCCCCUGCUUUCACAAGGCCCCGGAAUACCUUGCCAGCACGGGCUACCAGAAUCCGACGGACCCGAAGAAUGGCAUCUUCCAGUAUACCAAGGGUUUCAUGGGGAAUCUGUUUGAGUACUAUGAUGCCCAUCCGGAAGAAGGGCGCUCUUUCAACAACGUCAUGGGUGGCGUGAUGGCCAACCAAGCGGGCAUGUUGGACAUUUACCCUUACGGCAACCUGAUUGACCCGACACGCGACGAUGCCACGACGCCGGUUCUGGUGGAUGUCGGUGGAAAUGUGGGCCACGACAUCAAUAAGCUGCUGUCACUGUAUCCACAGCUGGCCCCGCGCCUGGUGCUUCAAGAUCGAAAUGAUGUGGUCCGCCGAGCAAGAUGCCCAUCCAACGUGACGGUCAUGGCCCAUGAUUUCUUCACCCCGCAGCCCGUAAAAGGGGCUCGUUCAUAUUACCUGCACGGCGUCAUCCAUGACUGGGCUGACAAGGAGGCCCGGCAGAUCCUUUGCCACCUGAGAGAUGCGAUGACCAAGGGAUACAGUAAACUACUGGUGCACGAUCACAUUCUUCCCGAACGGAGCGCACAUCCGCAGGCAACUGCGUACGACCUGACGAUGAUGGUCAAGGUGUCGGCAUUCGAGCGCACCGAAUCGAUGUGGAAGGAACUGCUGCGUUCCGUGGGAUUCAAUACGAUAACGAUCUGGAACUCACCCCUCGCGACGCAGAGUGUGAUUGAGGUGGAGCUCAGCUAA